AUGGGGGAGCUUGGCCUGCCUUACCAGAUACCAGAGUGCCUCCUUUCUAGCCAGGAGGAUGACGGUGGUGGCAACGGGUCGUCUUCCCAGCCGUGCCAGGGGUGGGAUGAUCUCAGCCUGUCCUUCAACGCAAAGUGGAUGUUGACGGCGUCGGAUGUGAACCGGAGCAAGCCGGCCUCCUUCCAGCUGACCGUCCGCCCCCUGAAGCCACUCGUGGAGCGCGGGGGCUCUGUCCAGCUGACCUGCUCCAUGGACUGCCCCGGCGGGAAGCUGCAGUGGGUGGGCCUGGACACCGACCUGGGCGACGUGGCCUCCAACCACACCUACAGCGUCCUGACGGUGGCCAACGCCACCAUCAGCAUGGAAGGCGUGAAGAUGUGCACCGGCCAGUGCCAGGGCCAAGACCGCCAGGCCAAAGUGCUCCUGAAAGUGUACUCCUUUCCAGACACGCUGCGGCUGGACUCCGAGCCAAAGGCGGUGACGGGCGGGCGGCCGGCCCGCCUCACCUGUUCCAUGAGCUACAUCUACCCUUUGGACACCUUUACAAUGAGCUGGUUCCGAGGAGGCGAGAGGCUGGACGCUUCCGACGAGACGGCCCAAGAAAUGGAGGAGGCCCAGGAGCAACUGUUUGAGUAUCGCUCCGUCCUGGAGGUCCCGGAAGCCCCAGCAGGGGCGGAGUACAAGUGCCAGGCGACUCUGAGGGCUGGAGGACAGACCUUCCAGAGGGUGGCCCUGGUUGGCACCCAAGCGACAACAGAGAUCCCCGCUGCUGUCAACGAGACUGCCCGAACAAGCCACGUGGCUACUCCAGAGCCUCUUACCACUGAGAGCCAGGAUUCCUCAUUUGUGGGGACCACCACUGGCCUUCCUCAUCUUCUGUCCACCAAGCGUCCCACCCCUGGGGUCUCCACAGCCAUGGUGGCCUCUACCCGCACGCUGGAAUCCCUGGCAAAAACCGACAGCCCCACGGCGGUGGCGAACGCUUCUUCCGGAUCUCUUUAUCCCACAGUUGCAGAGAUCUGGACAAGCUCUUCAAAAGCUCAGCCGAAGACUUCGCCACCGGUGGCACAGACCCCCGCUAAGUUCGGGGUGACCUCGCAAGUCCCUUCUACGACAGACCAACGAUUUACCAUGGAACCAAUUUCCACCAAGGACUACCGUUCCAGCGAGGCUGUCCCGGAAAAGCCACCUGGCUCCACCCCACGAGAGGACCCCUGCCGCCCCAUGAUCACCCCUGUCCCCAGCCAAGGGAUCGCGGGGGAAGCCCUCCGUAUCACCUGCCGCACGGUGGGGUGCAGCGCCGGUGUCCAAAUCCGCUGGGUCCACACGCCAGUUGAGCAGUCGCGGUACGGCCGGGAGGAAGAGGACGGCACGUCCGUCUUGGUGGUCGAGAGCGUCACCAUGGAGCACCAGGGGGUCUACCGAUGUGCCAUGAUGUCUGCCCAGCCCCAGAUAGCGAGCUUGCAGGUCGUAGUGUCUGCUGCCUCCUUCAGCACGGACUCCCUCAUCACCAUCGGGACCGCCGGCUCGCUCUUGGGACUGAUGAUCACCGGCUACGUGUCCCACCGCCUGCGACGGCGGCGUGGAGGUUAAGGGGACCCAUCACGCUCCGUCUCCUCCUCCGCUACCUCGGGCAUCGACUGACUCUUUUGCCGGGGGGAAAUGACACAGGUCUCUUCCAGGACGGGGCCUUCCGGGACCGACACCACAGCCGCACGAGGGGGACGCGGGAGCCCGUCGCUGUACUUCGCAGGAGCGCAGUGCUGGAAUGGCAGCUAUUCCUCCCUUGCUCAACCCGUCGUUACAUCAACAACCUGGCCCGCGUUUGCGUGCGGGACAAAGAGGGCCACGAUCCUAAACCCAGCUUACUUGGGCGUUAUUCACACUGAACUCUUUACGUUUAGGACUGGUCAGGAAGUGGUACCAAAAGAGAGGGUUGAACACAAAAAAAAUCAGAAGAGUGUUUUCCAAAAAUACCCUCGGACGGGAGACCUGUGGGACCCUGGGCGCCAAACCAGCCAGGUUUAUUACGGACCAGCGAUGUCUGCCGCCCCCCUGCUGCGGCGAAUCGACCGAUUGUAUUUAUAA